AUGGUUCGCAUCACUGGCACCAUUUCACUUGCCUAUGUCUACGUUGUGGGGGCCCAGCAAGAACUUUUUCAAUGGCAGCCGUGCGCGUUCUCUGAAGACCCUCGCCUCGAGUGCGGAUCCCUGCGAGUCCCCCUGAACCACUUGCAUCCGUCGGUCAACGAAACGAUUGACAUUGCCGUUCGCCGAUAUCGAGUCGAGAACGGAACCCAGAGCUUGGGCACAAUCUUGGUCAACCCCGGCGGGCCUGGCCACCAUGGAACUGCCAUGGCUUCGGCGGGCCUGGCCACCUACCUCGGGGGACACACAACGUACAUGCAGUAA